AGGUAAAAGGUGUCGUGGAAUGUUUGUCUAGCGACAUGUUAAUCCACUGAAAACGGAUUUACUGUAGAUUCACUCCGUUACUCCAAAAUCCAUCAAAUUACAUGAUUACAUUUGCCAAUUCAAGCUUAGAAUCCACGUCUACUUCUCUUUUAUCUACAACUUUCUUGCAAAAAUUCUUGAAAUCUCAGAUUUCUUCAACUGACUUGAGUUAAAUUCAAUUGAAUACCAGAAAAAGCAAAAAAUUUCACAUUCCAAAGGUCUAAACGAUGUCAUAUGAGGAGGACGAGGAGACUUUCGAGCAUACCCUGUUGGUAGUCCGGGAAGUAUCCGUUUUCAAAAUCCCGCCCCGAUCCACGAGUGGCGGGUACAAAUGCGGCGAGUGGUUACAGUCCGACAAGAUCUGGACGGGUCGGCUCCGUGUGGUGUCUUGCAAGACCCGCUGUGAGAUCCGCCUCGAGGAUCCGAAUUCCGGCGAGUUGUUUGCCGCGUGUUUCGUGAAUCCGGGUCAAAGAGAGAGCUCUGUUGAAUCGGUAUUGGACUCUUCGAGAUACUUCGUGUUGAAGAUCGAGGAUGGGCAAGGGAAGCACGCCUUCAUAGGGUUAGGGUUUAACGAGAGAAAUGAAGCGUUCGAUUUCAAUGUCGCUCUUUCGGAUCACGAGAAGUAUGUGAAGAGGGAGGGCGACAAGGAUGUUGGUGUCAAUGGUGGUGGUGAGGGGGGUAAUGAGGAGAAUCAUAUUGAUAUUCAUCCUGCUGUUAAUCAUAGGUUGAAGGAAGGGGAAACUAUUCGGAUAAAUGUAAAGAAUAAAGUAUCUGGCGGAACGGGCAUGCUUUCAGCUGCAGGGUUAUCGAGUGGGCUUUCUGGAACUGGGAAAUCUAAAACCCUUGGCCUUGCACCACCACCUAGUGGAGGAGGGAAGAUUAGGUCUCCUCUUCCGCCCCCACCCAACGAUCCUGCUGCAGGUAGGAUUAGUUCUCCUGGCCAUGACACUGCUGUGAAGGGAUCCAAGGAAAAUGUGAAGCAGUCAAAUGAUCCUUUAUCUGAUCUCUCUCAACUCGAGAGGAACCUUCCUGCCAGUGCUGGAUCAGGGUCUGCUAAAACCUCUGCAGCCGGCUGGGCAGCAUUUUGAUAAUGUGAAUGGUACUUUUGUUGGUUGUUGUAUGAAGAAAGAUGAGAGAAUGAAAAUAAAUGUUAUGUCAAAGAAAUUCAUCGUUUGCUCCAUUUUUGGAAAAUAAUGAUUCUCAGAAAUUGUUAAUAUGCGCGUUUGACAUGGUUUUCUGCCAUAUUUUGAGAUAGAGACCGGCUUUGUCCAUGAACUUA